UCACAUGCAUUAUGCAGCAUGGUAUAGUUCAAAAAUACGCAUAGUGUCCAUUUCUAAUCUUGACCUAGUUUCAAAAUUUAUGAGUACAGUAUAUCGUUUUGCUUCUCUGAGGGUGUUUGAUAGGGUUAUUCAGGAAUAUGAAAUUAGAACAAAGAGGAAUGCUUGUGAUUUAAUCAUGAGCAGUCACAAAUUUCCAAAGAUUGCUGGAUUUCAGGGAAAUAUGUUUGAAGAUUUUGCCCAUAGGAAGUUGCAAAAUGGUGGUACAUUUAGGGUGCGGUACCUGAAUGAUGAUAACUCAGAG